AUGGCGGCACCCAUGGAAAACGUGGCCGGUGAAAUGUCAGCUGAAGAAAACGAAGUAUUCUGUCAGAUUGAGGCGACUGUACCGACUGGAUUUGAAGUUACAGCAAAGCUUGAAGCUCUUGAAGUAUUCAAAACUGAAGUUAAAAUUGCUAGAGGUCACAUCGUGAUCAGAGUUCCAAUAAAGGAUGUCAAAAAGGUAUUGGAACUUGGCUGUGUGGACAACUGUUUUGUCAUUAUGACAGAACUAAAGAAAUUUCCAUUUGCUGAUGAUGAAAUGAAGUGUAUGUCACAGCUACGGAACCUUGUUCCUGAUCUGGAUUGGGAUGUGGGCCUGCAGGCUUGGAAUAAAGUCUAUGACUUUCCACAUUCCAUUGCCUCUCGUCCGUCUGUCAUACCAGCUGAUCUUGGUGAACCAAUCAGCACAAAACACAUCUUCAGACCAAAGAAAGAACCUAAACGGCCUGAAGCCAAAGAUUCUCGUAAAAAACUUUGGACUGCAAAGCGCAAGGACAAAAAGAAACGUAAAAUAGACAAUAUAUCACCACAGGAAACUGACAAUGUAAAAACAGAAGAAUGUCAAAGUGAUGUACCAAAACAUGAAGGUCAAGGUAACAGCCAACCAGAUGCAGGAAUUGAGUCAUGUCACACAGAUUCUAGUGUCAAUGACAAAACAUCAACAGACAGAAAGAUUGACACUGACAAAAUGGUGGCUGAUCAGUCAGUUACAGAAACAACAGCAGGUGAAGCUCCACCAGUAGCAGAAUCAUCUCAAGCCGAAGAAGGACCGUCCAAAAAGCCAAAAGUUAAAAUUACUUCCUGGGAUCCAAAUAUGCCAGCAUUCCGUGUGACCUGUAAACGAGCAGGAGCAAAUCAUAAGUUUGACUCAAUGUGUGCUGCUUCAAACUUCGGGGCAGCUAUCAACAACUACUUCAACUGGAAUGUCGACAUGAUAAAAUUUGACAUUGAAGUGGUGCUAAAUAUCAGUGAGAAUGACAUACGUGUGUGUCUUGCCCUCACUAGAGGUAGUUUACACAAGAGGAAUAUUGUCUCAUUUGGUCCAACUACACUCAGGUCCACCAUUGCUUACAGUAUGUUAAGAUUGUGUGAAAUAAAGCCUGGAGAUGUUGUCUGUGAUCCCAUGUGUGGUACUGGAAGUAUCCCAAUAGAGUUGGCACAAAAUUGGAAAAAUAACUUUGUCAUUGGUGGUGAUGUCUCAAAAAGAUUCCUCGCCAGAGCCAUUGAAAAUAUAGACGGUGUAAACAACAAGAGGGCAGAAAAACAAAGGGGCACAGUUGCUGCAGACCUAAUGCAUUGGAAUGCAAAGAAGCUGCCCUUGAGGAAUAGCUGUGUGGACGUGUUCAUCUCUGACUUGCCAUUCGGAGUGAGGAUGGGAUCAUUUGCCAAGAACUGGAAACUGUAUGCUGACUCCAUGGAGGAAAUGGCUAGGGUGUGUACCCCAAAAACGGGACGAGCAGUCCUCCUAACACAGGACCAGAAGUGUAUACAUAAGACUAUGUCCAUGUUCACCAAGUACUGGACCAGAAAGGCAACUGUGGGCAUCAACCAGGGUGGCCUGGCCGCAGCAGUGUAUGUCCUUGUCCGCACAGCUGAGGCCUACAGUCAAAGUGAACAAAAAACAGACACCAGUGCUUCUAUAGGAACAGAGAAUGAAUCACAAGUGAAAAUUACAGAGGACAAUUGAUGAUAAACUUAUCUUUAUUUAGAUGAUCACUUAACAUAAGUGUUGCUGUCACCAGACUGAACAUCAGUGUUGUUAGUUUUGAAAUGAUAUCAUAUUUCUUUCACUUGAUUCAGCAUUAUAAAAUGGUUUUAGUUUGAAUCUGCUGUCACCAUGCUAUAAUGUUAUGUGUGUAAAUUUAUUAAGGAUGCUUUCUGGGAACAUAUUUCACAUCUUUAUCAUAAGCUUUCAAAGCUUUCAUUUAAAGACAUGGGUGUUACUGAAAGUUUACCAGAAUGUGAUGAAGUUCAUGCAUGUGAAUGGAAACCAUUGAAUUAGUUUUGCAUUCCUAAUAAAAGAUGUUUUAUUUGAAAAACUUAUUUCUAUUUGUAAGCAGAUUAAAUUGAAAUAAGGAGGCAAAAAAUUACUUUCCCUUUCU